AUGAACUCGUCAGGAAGACCCACCACUGGGAGGCCCACAACAGGUCGACCCACCACCGGCAGGCCCACCACCGGUCGUCCCGGUACACGCGGAGGUACUGCGAACCAAAGGCCUCCCACACAAGGCCAGGGUGCCUUUGCUCAACAAACCUACAUUGAAGAGGAAGAGCAAUGGGACGAAGAAGAGUACGAAUCCGAUGAUGACGGCGACGUCUUUGCCUUCGUUCCUCCCGAUCUCGGCCCAGCUCCCGAGCUUCAGCAAAACCCACUCGACCCUUCCAUAGAUAACCAGAAUCAGCAACAAAGUCGAAAUGCUGGUGCCACUGGUCCCGCAACCGACGCCGACGAGAACGAGACCUACUACUACGACGAAGCUACUGGCGCUGUCUACGAUUCACAAGGUCGUCUCGUCGAUGUUUCGGCUCAAAAUCUGGCUUCAGCACAACCAGAAGUGCCCUCGCACACUCAGCUGGGUCAACACCAAGCGGUCGCCACAUCUUUGCCGGCGUCCCAGGCCACCAUCAACGAUGCAGGUGCCCAGCCAUCCGCCGGUUUGCCUGUAGACUUGCUGCAAUCCGCCAAAGCUCGCGCUUCUACCGACAACCGCUCCUACGAUUCCACCAGCACCUUUACCCGCGAUCCUUCCGGACAGCCGCUCAAUCACGCUCGAUCCUACGCUGCUUUCCCUUCCAUGGACGCCCUCCCCGAGGUCGACUCGUUACCCGCCAGUCGCAGUGGCAACUCCGAGAUACGCGCUUCGCUGCCACAUGGCGCACGCGACAUUGGCACCACCGCCAGUGGCGGCAUCUCUCUUGACCAGCGCAUUCCAGCCCAGGGAAAACGUCAGAGCGCUCAAAUCGACCACUACUCUUCCUCUGUUCCUGAGCUCCGUCGCAGCCCCGACAGCGACGACAUCAAGUAUCCGCUCGACUCGGCCGAAUAUGCCUACGACGACGCUUACAAGGACGAAUUCCACAUGGUCAACUUCAACGACAUGGGUCAAGGCCAUGGACUCGUCCACCCUGCCAUGGAGGACGCCGAGGUUGGCUCCAGGGGUGUACGCAUGGUCGAGCUCGAGAUGGAGAUGGAAGAGGACUCACCCUAUCCCGAAGUGCGCGCCUCCGUCUCCAACAUUGACGACACCGAGAUGCCCGUCAACACGCUUCGAAUGUGGUUCAUCUCCUUCUUCCUCACCAUCCUCGCUACGGGCGCCAACAUGUUCUUCUCGCUCCGAUACCCGGCCCCUACCUUUUCCAGCACUAUCGUUCUCCUCGUUGCCUACCCUAUCGGAAAGCUGCUCGCCGCCAUCAUGCCAAUCCGCGUAUGGACUUUGCCGCGAUGGUUGGGUGGAGCAGAGUUCUCCCUCAAUCCCGGCAUUUACAACAUCAAGGAGCAUGCACUCACUUCCAUCAUGGCCAGCAUUUCCAUCAUCACCGCUUACGGUAUCAACGUCAUCAUCGUGCAAGAUUCCGAUCGAUACUAUGGCGAGCCAAGGGCGAUCGGCUUCGACAUUCUUUUCGUCCUCAGCUCUCAGAUCAUUGGAUUCGGCCUUGCCGGAAUGUGCAGACGUUUCCUGGUUUGGCCAGCCAGCAUGAUCUGGCCUCAAAACUUGGUCUCUGCGACCAUCCUCAACACGCUUCAUGCCGAAGAAGACGGCGCGGACGGUACCAUGACCAGAUUCCGUUUCUUCAUUGUUUUCGGCACCGGCGCCUUCUUACUCUACUGGGUUCCCGGAUAUCUCUUCACCUCGCUCUCCGUGUUCAACUGGGUCUGCUGGAUCUGGCCCAGGAACAUGCCUGUCAAUGUCGUCUUUGGCAGCAUCACUGGCCUCGGAUUGUCGACGCUCACCAUUGACUGGACGCAGAUCGCCUACAUUGGCUCUCCCCUCGUCACACCCUGGUGGGCCGAAUGCAACAUCUUUUUCGGUUUCGUCAUUUUCGUCUGGAUCGCAGCACCCAUCAUGUGGUUCAAGAACGCCUGGUACCAGUCCUAUCUGCCGUUCAACAGCGGUGCCUCGUGGGACAGGUUUGGUCAGCCGUACGACAUUUCGCGCGUCAUUGUCAACGGCGGUGACCUGGAUCAAGCUGCCUACGAGAGCUACUCUCCGCUGUACCUUUCGACCACCCUGUCGCUGGUCUACACGACUGGAUUUGCCAUGUUGACUUCGGUCUUGACGCAUACCGUCUUGUAUCACGGCAAAGCGUUGAAGAAGGGAUUCAUGAGGAUCAGAACCGAAGAGGACGACGUGCACGCCAAGUUUAUGCGUCACUACCCGGAGACGCCCGACUGGUGGUAUGCCGCGGUGUUCCUGAUCGCGCUCGUGUUUGGCGUCGUGAUGGUGGAGGUGUACGACACCGGUCUUCCCAUCUGGGGAUUGAUCCUGUCGAUUCUCAUUCCGACCAUCUACAUUCUCCCUGCCGGGUUCGUGUACGCCAUGACCGGUCAAGCGAUUGGUACCAACCUGAUCGGAGAACUGCUGGUCGGAUACAUGCUUCCCGGCAAACCCCUCCCCAACAUGAUCUUCAAAGCCUUUGCACUCCAGGGACUCUUUGGUGGCCUCCAGUUCGUCCAGGACCUCAAGCUGGGCCACUACAUGAAGAUCCCACCGCGACUCACCUUCUUGGCGCAACUCUCUGGCGUGAUCGUGGCGUGCUUCGUUCAGCUCGGCGUGAAAUCCUGGAUGUUUAGCAACAUCGAAGGCAUCUGUUCGCCCGAACAGCCCAACUCGUUCACGUGUCCGCACAUUCGAGUCUUCUACACGGCUUCGCUCAUCUGGGGUGCCAUCGGACCAGCGCGAAUGUUCGGACGCGAUUCCAUGUACCGCGCCAUGUACUGGGCCAUGCUGUUCGGCGCCCUCAUCCCCGUCCCCUUCUGGAUGCUGGCACGACGCUACCCCAGGAGUUGGAUCCGCUACGUCAGCUGGCCGGUCAUCUUUGCCGGUGUCUCGUUCAUCCCCCCUGCCUCUGGCAUCAACUACUCGAGCUGGUUCGCCGUGGGUUUCGUAUUCCAAUACCUCGUUAGGAAGUACAACUUCCGCUGGUGGAGCAAGUACAACUUCGUCCUCGCAGCAGCUCUCGACAGCGGCACCAUCAUCAGCACCAUCGUCAUCUUCUUUGCACUCAUCCUGCCGAAGAACGGUACGCUGCAGCUCAACUGGUGGGGAAACAGGAUCGCGGGCGAAAACUACGAUGCUGCAGGGUACAGCCUCCUCCCGCCUCCGGAGGGUGGCUUUGGCAGCACCCCGCACUAUUGA